GAGUAGGUAAUGGGCUUUUAGUUUAUUACGUUUUCCCUUUAAAUUUUUGUGUUUGAUUUGUGUACGAUUGAUUGUUGUUUUAAUCAAACAUGAAAUCUAAAAAAAAACAACAUACUUCUUCUGAAGAAUCUGAGGACACUAACGAUAGUGCAAGAAGCAGCUCGUCCGAGAGUGAUAGCGAGGUAUCUUCAGCUUCUGAACAUCGACACAAGAAAAAAAGAAAACGUGAUUCAUCUUAUUCAGAGACAGAGUCUGAUGAUCAAAAACGUUCUAAAAAGCGCAAACAUAAAAAAAAGAAAAAGAAACAUGGGAAAAAGAAGCGCCGAUCGGGUUCUGACGUUAAACCUGACGAAUUUAUACUGAGCGAAGGCGAAGAAACAUCUAAAAAGAAACGAAAACACAAACAUAAACAUGUUAAACGUGCCCGAAGUUCCUCAGCUAGUGAAAUAGCAGAAGUAGAAAAGAGUCAGCGUCGCUUGCACAGCGUCGUGAAGGAACGUCGGGAUUCAUUAGAAGAAGUGCAGCCAACCCGAACUUAUUAUCAGAGGGAAUUUAGACGCUCUCAAUCUGCAGACAAUGCAAGAGAAAGAGAAGUUCAAAGGUUCUAUAGAGGUUCUAGCAAGGAACGAAGGCAAUAUCAGGAGCAAUAUGAUCAAGAACACGAAAGAUUUGCUUCAUAUCACCAUGAACACUUUGACAAUAAACAUAAGUACAAUCAAACUUCACAAUACAAUCAAUUUAAUGAUAGUGGUGGAAGACAAAGAAAUUUCAAUCAAUUUAAAAGGAAUCAAAGAUAUGAAGAUUAUCGUCGUCCUGAUGAUGGCUAUCAAAUGAAACCCAGAGAUGAAGUGUACCAUUCUAAACCUGACCCAAGGGGUUACGACAAUAACCGAUAUGAGCAAUACGGUGAGAGAAAUAUAAAGAGACGCGAUUAUGAAGAAAGCGAAGAUUACAAGGAUCGUCGUGGGCAUCCUGAGAAUGAGCGUUACCAUGCACCGCCACGCGACUACCAGGACAAGCGCGAGUUUCCAGAUAAACGUCAGUUCCCAGACAAGCGUCAGUUUCCGGACAAGCGCCAGUUUCCAGACAAAAGAGAAUUUCCAGACAAGAGAGAGUUUCCGAACAAGCGCGAGUUUCCAGUCAAGAGUGAGAAAUUCCGUGAAGAACCGUACCCGUUAGAAAGGAGUCGGGAGCCGCGUCGAGACAAGCUACUGCCCAGAGUUGACAGACCUCCAUUGCCUCCACACAGGGAGCGUUCGAGAUCCCGCAGCUUCGAGGAGCGGCCCAGGGACCGCAACAGACGGCCGGAGCCCAGGGACGAGCCCCGGGACGACGACGCCUACCGCCGCGCCCCCGACCCGCGCCGGGACCGACCCCGCCCCGAUGAACCUCGACCCGACAAACCUCAACCCAGGCCCAGGGAGAGGAAGUCAAGGUUCGCCGACGCCGAAGACAAUAAAGAAUACAACUGGGGUAAGACGGAAGUGAAGAAGGAAGACGCGAAGAAUCCGAAUGAAAAGGACAAGCCGAACUUUGGUCUCUCCGGUAAAUUGACAGCCGACGCUAACACUGUCAACGGUGUUGUCAUCAAAUAUACGGAACCGGAUGAUGCUAAACAACCCAAAAGAAGAUGGAGAUUCUACCCGUUCAAAGGUGACAAAGCGUUGCCCAUAUUGUAUAUACAUCGGCAAUCGGCGUUCUUGAUCGGGCGCGACAAGAAAGUGGUGGAUAUCGCACUGGAGCAUCCCUCCAUCAGCAAGCAGCACGCCGCCCUGCAGUACCGCGCCACGCCCUUCACCAGAGCUGACGGCUCGCAGGGACGCAGAGUCAGACCUUACGUCAUUGAUCUUGAUUCGGCCAACGGUACAUUCGUGAACAACAAGAAGAUCGAGCCGCGUCGCUACGUGGAGCUUCUGGAGCGCGACGUCGUGAAGUUCGGCUUCUCGCAGCGGGAGUACGUGCUGCUGCACGAGAACAGCAAGGACGACGCGCAGGACGACGACCAGCUCGAGCCCGCGCUCGCCACCGCCGACCACAUCAAGCACGAGAAGCGACUCAAGCAGGAGGUCGUCGAGGAUGGCGAGUGACCUAUAUAUAUACAUAUAUAUAUACAUAUAUAUAUGUGUAGAGGGGUGAAAGGCUAUUUGGUUUAAGCGACGUUUCGCUUAAUACGCAACGUUAUGUAUGUGAUUAAAGUUCGAUUUUAUUUGGUAUUAACAUCAACAGUUGGAUGUUUUUAACACUAAUCAUAGCAACACUAAAUGGUACGUAUUUCCUCCAUAGCGGGUAGAUAACGGUAUACAAUAAGUAUUACUCAAAAUAAACAAAACAAAACAAAAAAAAGUUUAAUAACUGUAGAUUAAUUGGUAAGAAAA